GGCGUCUGUUAGGUGAAUCCAGAGAAAGCACAACGACAUCAGAGACAGCGUUUGGCAAUUAUCACACCCAUCUUCUGGAAGAUUUGACUUGUCUGUUUCUCGAAAAAUGGCGGAUUCGACGGCCAACCCGGACGUUGCACCUACCACACAGCCAGAAUCAUCAAACUCAGCAUCGUCACAACCCCCCAUUGCAGAGCCAACGCCCACUUCCUCGUCGUCGACAGCACCACCUCAGGCAUGUGCGCAAUGUGGAAAGUCCCCGGACUCGCUUAAGCAGUGCAUCAAGUGCCAUAGGGUUACUUACUGCAACAAAGACUGCCAAAAGGCGCAUUUUAAGGCGCACAAGAAAGCGUGCCCCAUCCUUGCGCAGGAGUAUGUGAAAUUACACGAGCCGAAGAUGGCGUCAAAGUCUAGUGCAAGUACAGCUGGAGGAAGAGAGAGGGGACUGCAGAAGUGGCAAUUUGAUACUUGAAUCUAUGUCGACACAGUGGUGGCGUAGCGAUUCGAGAGAAGUGUCUGGAUGAAAGAAGAGCUGGACUAAUGAGGAAAGAAGGAGAGAACCCCUGAGAACAAGUCAUAGCAAGCUGCUGCACCACAGCUCACUGUGAGCUGUUGUAGUCUACAAGUGCAAACAGCUUGGCAUGGUGUUUACGCUUCUUCGCCGGAUUCUCCCAUGCAGGCGGGGGAACAAGCAAGGUGAUUCGCUCGAUGGUCCUUGUGAGAAAUGUCUUGCAGCGGAUGCACAAGUGGAUCGGUCGCACAUUUGAUAGCGAACUUUUACGUUUGUAAACCAAGACUGGGAUCAAACGAUUAAACCCUGAAUGCAGUGGCGGCAAGAUCGAAAUGUGCGCAAACGGAAGAUCCCGUGAC